CAAAACUUGACCGAAUCCUUUUUGUCUCACGCGUGGGUGAGGAUUAUGGCCAGGUAUCUACGGCAUGCGUUAAAACCUGCCGGCAUCCAACUCACCCGCCAUUUCUUCAUCUCUCAACCAACACAUACACACACGAACCUUAUGGCUUCCUCACUCAACCUCAAGAUCGAUGCGCUCGACGAGAAGGGCGGCACCGCCCUGGGAGCGAAGCUGGCCACGACUCUGAGCGAGUACGUCCAACCGCAGUCACAGGUCUCGCACCACGACGCCGCCCAGUCCAUCCUGGCUCAGCUCCCAGUGGGCAACCCCUAUUCUGACGAGGGCUUCGAGUUCGCUUCUCUCGUCAUCGAGAUCGCAUCCCAGAUCCCAUACAAGCACCCCUCUCAGGCCAGGUUGGUCCGGCUCCUGAAAUACCUCACCCACUCGCCGAAACUGGUGUCCCGGUCGACCGUCAAGGGGGAGGAGGAGCAGAACGUCAACUUCCAGGCCCUUGGCGAACAGCUCAGAGACAACCUCCAAGGUCCCGAGGCGGAAGAGACGCCGAUCGAAUGGGUCAACUACCACGCCUUCCUCGCCCAGCUCGAGGCUACAGGCGUGUGGACGGCCAGGCUGCCCAACUUCGUCAUCUGGGAGAUGCGCGAUGCCUUCGAGAACCAGGCGGAGGCCCAGGGUCAGUUCCACCAGUACCACGUCAUGGCCGCGGCGCAGUGGAUCCUCUGGGACGGCCAGGAGAUCUUCAAGUACAUGGCGAACCCGCUCCCCGUCGGCGAUGACGAGGCGCGCAUGUGGCGCCUUGGGGAUCGCUUCUCAUCGUCGGACGUGGCCGUCGUCUCCCUGGCAAGGUGGCAGAUCUGGAAAGAGGGGUUCAAGGCCGCUGCUGGCGCUGCUCAGGGUUCAGAAGGCUCGGAUGAGAGUAAGGACGUGGCUGGGAGGGCUGCCGCGCUGAUGGAUGUCAUUGAGAAGAGCAUGUCUUUCUAAAACCUGCAUGUCAUCACAAAGUGGCCUGUCCUGCUACUGCGUUGUUCCCGUAUACAGCUCUGGCUUUUUGCAUGUUUCUCACAUAAAUAUCACACGUGCUUACGCUAA